AUGGUACCAACUGGAGGCAAGAAGCAGAAGAAGAAGUGGUCCAAGGGCAAGGUCAAGGACAAGGCCCAGCACGCUGUCGUUCUCGACAAGCAGACCAACGACAAGCUCCAGAAGGAUGUCCAGUCCUACCGCCUCAUCACCGUUGCCACUCUCGUCGAUCGCUUGAAGAUCAACGGUUCGCUCGCGCGUCAAGCUCUUAACGACCUCGAGGCCAACGGUCAGAUCAAGAAGGUUGUCGGACACUCCAAGCUCAGCAUCUACAGUAUGUCACCACAAAUGCAUUUCCAAAGAUCCACGUGUUACGAAACCUUGGAAGAUUUGGAGAUCGUAUGA